AUGCGGUGGCCACCUGGCCGGUGGAAUCCGAGCAACAAGGAAGGCGAGGAGCUGAGCCAGGGUGGCGUCGCGCGUGCCCGCAGCCGCGAGGGCCAGCGCCUCGGUGCCGGUCUUCGCUCCACUCCGCGUUGGCCUCUUCGCCUUCGCCCCUUCCUGCGCCGACGUUGCCUGCGCGGCUCGGAGGUCCUUCUCCACGCGACUGCGCGCCUCGGGGCAAACUGGACCAUGGAUGCAUACCAGAAUACCCUUCUCUCGUACGCUGAGGUGAGCUCCACGGCGGAGGAGCAGAACCCGCAGCCAGCCGUAGAGCAGUUCCUCACCCUCCACGCCGUGCUUUCGCACGCCACGGUGAUCACCGACACCCUCACCAAGUCUGCCACAUCUGUAGCCUCGCCAUAUUGCUCGGCAGCCAGUAACGAUGGAACGGUGGGAUCCGCUACCGACGAGGAGGUGGCUGCCAUCACAGCCGAGCCCCGACGCCGAGCUACGUCCUGGAUGAGCGCCGCUCUUGCUACGGACAUGUACGCCAUUGGCAUCUACAACCUCAAACCGGCCCCCGCCACCGUCUCCUCAUCGCUGGCCGUGGUUGUCGUCGAUGAGUCCGCGAAGCCGGCCACGGUCACGGCCACGAAAUCAUCAUCAUCCCCCAAGUCACGGUUAUCCCUCGUGAAGGGGAAGGCGAGGAUGCUCCUGCAGCUAAAGCGCAUCAAUGACUGGCUCGGCGAGAUCGGGAAGCAAAGCGAGACUCUGUCGCUACCGUCGGCAGACGCGGACGUGGGAAUACCCAAGAAUCCUCGCUUCACCACUGUCUUUGCAACUUUGCCACAUAUUGGCCGGAGGACGCAGCUGGACGAUAAGAUGCUACCCGCGUGGGUCGUUUGGGGACCUGUCCAACAAUGGCGACUACCUCUCUCUCUCUACGCAUGGACCACAAGCAAAUCCAGACACGGCGUGAAGGCAGUCUUCCAAGCCUUUCCAAUGCGAAGAGACGGGGCACCAUCGUUGUCCCAUGCAAAAUGGUCAAGCGAGAUCGCUGCUGGUGACCCCGAUCAUACACCGGUAAUUGGGUGGCACAAGUUCGUGAAGCGCAGCAAGCUCGAGUCGAGUUGUUACCUCGUCGAUGGCUGUGUGACAUUUGUAUGUGGAAUCAUAGAUCUCAACGGCAACGACCGUGUGCCGGUGCCUCCCACGGACUUGGUCGACCAUCUCGGACACCUGCUGGAGUGCACCGACGGCUCAGACGUCUCCUUCUCGGUCGGCGGUGAGACGUUCUGCGCACACCGGGCCAUCCUCGCCGCCCGCUCGCCGGUCUUCAAGACGCAGCUCUUCAGCUCCAUGGCGGACGCCCAGAUGGACCGCAUCACGCUGCACGACGUCCAGCCAACAGCUUUCCGGAUCCUGCUGCGGUUCCUGUACACCGACGCACUGCCCUCGGACACAGAGCUCGUCAAAGAUCUUGAGAGCUCUUCGGCCAUAGACUUGCUCCAGCAUCUACUUGCGGCGGCAGACAUGUACCAGCUGGACAGGCUGAAGCUCAUGUGUGCGCAGAAGCUAUGGGACCGUGUGUCGCCGGAGACUGUGGCGGCGAUGUUGUUCUGCGCUGAGAUGCACAACUGCCCGGAGCUGAAGAAGAGGUGCAUCGACUUCUUUGUGGAGGAGAAGAACAUCAGGAGUGUGGCGCUGACGGAGGGCUACUUGCGCCUGAUGCAGGGCUUCCCGUCAGUUAUAGAGGAGAUCAGAGCAAGGCUAGUCCAGCCAUAG